AUGGACAGAUAUAAAUCUUUAGAGGCCCUCGCCCCAGCGGCCACAUCCAGCUCGAAUCCACAAAUGGCUUCACCACCCCACUAUUUUUAUCAUGAUCCAAGCGAAGCCAUGGACAGCGACGCCGAAAGCGAGGCGCUUUCCACAACGUCCAUGCCUCCGUUCAGUGCUACUCCCAGCGUUGCGAGUUCGCGUACCUCAUAUGACGCUGCUGCCGCCUCUACGAGAUCUGUUUCGCCUGUACCAUCUGUCAUCUCGAUGACAGACUCCGUGCGCAGUCAAAUCUACAGGAGCAAAUAUGGCCGCGAGUUUAACAAUUUUUCAGAUGUAUAUGCCCUGCCCGCGGACGAGGAAGAGAUGAAUCGCCUUGAUCAGCAACAUGCUAUAAUCGUUGAUGUCAUGGGUGAAAAAUACCCCCCACCUGUGGCGGACGUCAUGGCGGAUGAUGUUCCGGGAGAGAGAAAGGCGUGUCUGGAUCUUGGUUGUGGAAGUGGGGGAUGGAUAUUAGAUGUCGCACGCGAUUUUCCAAAUUGCAACGCUGUGGCAGUCGAUCUUAUACCCAUGCAAUCUUUAUCCAUGCCUCCUAACCUCAGGAGUGAGGUCGACGACAUCAACCUAGGUCUGGAACACUAUUAUGGCGAUUUCAAUGUUGUCCACGUGCGACUUGUAUCAUCCGGUGUCAAAGAUUAUUGUCGCCUCGUUGAUCAAAUUAGCCAUGUCCUUCGGCCGGGGGGGUUAAUCGAUUUGGCCGAAUUUGACUUCCAUGUAUACGACGAAAACCACCAGAGACUGGAGCCCGACACUCAUCAAGUCGGGCCUCCCUGGUGGGCUCGUUGGAUGACCUUUGUGAGAUUAGCCAUCCAACAGAUUGGCGGACACACGGAUGCUGCGACUCACUUAUGGGAUUGGGUCUCUAACCACCCCGCUUUUGAGCAGCCGGUGUAUAGAGAAUAUUGGAUGCCUAUUUGCUCAAGUCCCACCGACAGCGACCCCGGACGACAAUUAUGCCAACGGCUGAGCGGUGAUGCACUGAGCUUUUUGAGAGGGACGCGCCCUCUGCUGCUUGGAAGUGGGCUAGCAGAGGAUCUCGUCACAGAGCUCAUCACCCAUGCAGAGGCAGAGCAUCACGAAGCGAAGAUACUUCAGUAUACUCGGCUACAAUGUGUUUAUGCCCGGAAAAAGUCUGUUUGA